AUGGAUGACAUUAAUGACCGUGAUUUCUUUUCUCACAAAUUUCCAACAACCACUCAGGUGGUGGAAGAGUUGAAGGAGCUAUGGAGCAUGGCUUUACCCAUAACAGCAAUGAACAUGUUGGUUUUCGUGAGAGCUGUUGUUUCUGUUCUUUUCCUCGGUAGACUCGGAAGUUUAGAGCUGGCUGGUGGUGCACUCUCCAUAGGUUUCACAAACAUAACAGGGUACUCUGUUCUUGUUGGUCUUGCAUCUGGUCUUGAACCUGUUUGUAGCCAAGCUUUCGGUAGCAAAAACUGGGAGCUUCUUUCGCUUUCACUACAACGAAUGGUGUUGAUACUUUUGAUGGCGAUAAUACCCAUAAGUGCUCUUUGGGUUAACCUUGAAAGAAUCAUGCUGUUCAUGGGUCAAGACAGUGGGAUAACUGAAAUGGCGGCGGUGUAUUGUUUUUAUUCAUUGCCGGAUCUUUUGACGAACACGUUGUUACAGCCCUUGAGGGUUUUUCUAAGGUCGCAGAAAGUGACGAAGCCGAUGAUGUACUGUUCGUUGAUAGCGGUAGUAUUUCAUGUUCCGUUGAAUUAUUUGUUGGUGGUGGUGAUGGAACUUGGUGUACCGGGGGUGGCGAUGGCGUCGGUGUUGACGAAUAUGAACAUGGUGGUUUUGAUGGCGGGGUAUGUGGCGGUGUUUAGGAGGAAGGAGACGAAGUUGAGGUGGAGUUGUGGUGGUGGUGGUUGUUAUGGUAGUGGUUUGGGUGAAUUGAUGAAAUUGGCGGUUCCUAGUUGUUUGAUGAUAUGUUUGGAAUGGUGGUGGUACGAGAUUGUUACUGUUAUGGCUGGCUAUUUGGAGAAUCCGACGUUGGCGGUUGCUGCAACUGGGAUUUUGAUUCAGACAACAAGCAUGAUGUAUACUGUUCCUAUGGCUCUUGCUGGUUGUGUUUCUGCUAGGGUAGGGAAUGAGCUUGGAGCAGGUAAACCAUAUAAAGCAAAGCUAGCAGCCAUGGUUGCAUUAGGAUGUGCAUUUGUGAUGGGAUUUAUAAAUGUGACAUGGACAGUGGUUCUUCGAUACGGAUGGGCCGGGCUUUUUACAAACGAUGAACCCGUCAAAGCCUUGGUUGCAUCCGUCAUGCCAAUAAUGGGCCUAUGCGAGCUCGCAAACUGCCCACAAACAACCGGAUGCGGCAUACUCCGCGGCACUGCCCGUCCCGUCAUCGGCGCCAACAUCAACCUAGGUUCAUUCUAUUUCGUUGGCACGCCGGUCGCGGUAGGGUUGGCAUUUUGGUUCAAAAUUGGUUUUAGCGGGCUUUGGUUUGGGCUUUUAUCAGCCCAAGUUGCAUGUGCUUUAUCAAUUCUAUAUGUUGUGAUUGUACGUACGGAUUGGGAAGCUGAGGCAAUGAAGGCAGAGAAACUAACAAAAGUAGAAAUGGCAAUUUGUAAUGCAAGUAAGAAUAAAGACAUAUCAAAAGAGGAAGAGUGCAAGGGUUUGUUGGAAAAUGUAAAUGGAAACAGAAUUGACAUUUGCUAA